AGUGCUGAGAAAGAUCCACCACCCACAUAGUACCUGCUCUGUGAGGGUUCACAGGGGUCCUGGCCCCUGAAGAUCAGGGUAAAAGGAGGCUAACAAAGUAUACAGAGAAACAGAUGGACUACAGUCUGCACCUAUAUAGUAAGUGGAGCUGAUAAAAUGGACAAUGAGUGUAGAAAGAGGGAGGUGGUCAUAAUGUUAUGCCUGAUCGGUGUGUAUUCAAGACUAGUUUAAAAUCUUACACAGGUAAUCUAACGAACAUUGUUGAGUGCAUCAGCUUGUUUGAGACAUAAUAGCAAGUAAAUAAGUGAAUUACUUUAUAAAGUACUUUUUUUAUUGGUUGAAAGUAAUUCUGCAUGGGGGUGGGGCAUUCCUUUCUAUGCUUGGGCCCACUGGGGGUCUGAGUUACCACUGAUUCACUGCACUGUUUUUGCACAAGGCCAUUUUGGACCUGGGACUGGUCGCAGUUUUACACCCUGCGUAAGUCUGUGCCUUUUAGGAGCACUAAUUUUAAAAAGUUAAGCACUAAAUUGCUUUAAAGCCCCUGAAAGCAAAAGGACAACGUAAGACAGUUCCUUCAAGCCUUUUAAUUCCAUACAACUGUAUCCUGCCUUCCGCCUGAUGACUGCUGGGAUAGGCUCCAGCACCCCCCGCGACCCUGACGGAGAAGCGGCUUGGAAUACGGAGGGAAUUCCAUGCAACUGUGACAUAGUCAAGACACUGUGUAUGCCUUUAUUUACGGUUUAGAUCAAAGGCAGCUAAAGUCAGAUAACGCCGCGUGCAGGCCGGGAGACAAAAGGCAACACAGACUUCUCAGACGCUGUUUCUCCACUGAAAUACAAUUGCUUUCACGACAUGCCAACAGCGACCUAAGAGGCCAGCCUAACAUCUUUACUGGUCGCGAAGUGAUCAUUUUCUUUAACCUGACUGGUCAACAGCGCGCGUGCAUAGUCACGCGGUCCUGUUGCCGGAUGGCGCUGAGCCUCCCGCAGAAAUGGUGCGUGCGCAGCCUUCAUUGUUUUUUCACGUAGCAAAAAAAAAAGGUGGAUUUUCUGGCGCCACUGAUGGCCGAUCAGCGUAAUAUGCACCGCAUCUUCGACACGACUGCGGAGGCUUUUCUCUUCGUUGAUGGAGACUCUUUCUGCGCUUUAGCUGUCUGAGCUGCCGCCGCCAUGCCGCUGUGUACCAGCUUAACGUUGUACCUCCUCAGUUUAGUGUUUUUGGGGGAAACGCGAGGAGACUCAGGAUUUGCACCGCUGGACGGCGCACCGCCGUCAAAGAUAGCUGUUGUGGGCGCUGGAAUCGGCGGAACCGCGACAGCGCACUUCCUACGGCAGCACUUCGGGCCGGAAGUGCGGAUCGAUGUGUUUGAGAGGAAGGCGGUGGGCGGCCGGCUGGCCACAGUUACGGUCAACCAGCAGGACUACGAGUCCGGAGGGUCCAUCAUCCACUCCCUCAACCUGCACAUGCAGGACUUUGUUAAACAGCUAGGGCUGAAGUACCGUAAGAGUGUGGCAGGGAAAACAGCAGUGUUUAAUGGCAAGGAGUUUAUUCUGGAAGAGACGGACUGGUACCUGCUGGACCUGUUCCGCCUGUGGUGGCGUUAUGGCAUCAGCUUCAUCCGCCUGCAGAUGUGGGUGGAGGAGAUCAUGGAGAAGUUCAUGAGAAUCUAUAAGUACCAGGCGCACGGCUAUGCCUUUAGUUCAGUGGAGGAGCUGCUGCACUCGCUGGGGGGCACAGGAUUUCUCAACAUGACCCACCGCUCUCUGUCCGAGUCUCUGUUGGAAUUGGGAGUAUCGCAGCGCUUCAUUGACGAAGUCAUAGCUCCAAUCAUGCGGGUCAACUAUGGCCAGAACAUCAGCAUCCCAGCAUUUGUUGGAGCUGUGUCUCUGGCUGGUGCUCAGGCCAACCUGUGGGCAGUUGAAGGAGGGAACAAGUUGGUUUGUUCUGGACUUCUAAAACUUGCAAAGGCCAACUUCAUCCAGGCACAAGUUACCACUAUUUCCCUGCAUUUAAAAGGUGAAUCCCACCAGUAUGAGCUCAGUUACACUACUCAGACUGACAAGGUGUCCGAUUUCUAUGACAUAGUAGUAAUAGCUACCCCUCUCCAGCAAAAUGUUAACUCGGGCAUCUCCUUCCAAGGCUUUGAACCACAGCUGCCAGACAUUGCAGGAUUCUACCAUCAGACCGUGGCCUCCAUUGUCCAUGGCUACAUGAACUGCAGUUACUUUGGCUUUCCAGACCCCAAACUUUUCCCAUUUGCGAGUGUACUGACCACAGAUACCCCUGGGCUUUUCUUUAAUAGUGCUGCCAGCGCCUGUCCCGUUAACAUCACUGCAGGUUUCCGCCGAAAGCAGCCCCAGGAGGCAGGAGUCUAUAAGGUUUUCUCACCUAAACCUCUGGAGAAGAAUGAGCUGAAGACCCUAUUCAAGUCAUACUACUCAGUCCAGGUCACCGACUGGCAGGCGUACCCUCACUAUGGAAGUACUCAGGAACUACCGCCAGUGACACUUCAUGACAGCCUCUACUACCUCAAUGGGAUUGAAUGGGCUGGAAGUGCCAUGGAGAUGAGCUCUGUAGCAGCCAAGAACAUUGCGCUGCUGGCCUACCACCGCUGGAACAGGCAGCUGGAGAUGAUUGACCAGAAGGAUCUCAUGCAUAAGAUCAAAACAGAACUCUGAUUUCUUCUGAGAAAUUGUGGCCAGCACUAGCCUGGAGAUUUUUUGUCUUGAACUGUAAUGGUUUGCUGUCUCAGACUGAUCUCAAACAGUAUUGUAUGACUGAAUAUUUAAAAAAAAAUUCUCAGUAGAAAAAGAUUCAAAGGCGAAAGUCAUUCUCAUGGAUAGGCAUUUGGCCACAAUGUGUCAACAGGGGCCUGUUUUACGCACCAGGAUUUCUUACUUUCCCUGCUGACCUUUAGCUUGGUUUGAUCAAACUGUGAAUUUUUUGCCUCAUGACAGUGGAUCACUUUCUACUGGGCUUCAUCACCAUGGCAACUUGUGUUACAAGGAAGGGGCAAGCUUGUGACCAACCAGGCAUAGCCUUCUGACUUAGGUGGACCUCUCUGGUCUUUUUUGGAUCACUUUGUUUUCUUAGUGACACUUGUAGGUUUUCAGUGUAGGAACGAAGUCAUACCACAUGGAUAUAAAGAACAUAAACUAUUGUAGUUCUGAUAAGCACAAACACAUUGACAAUGUUGCUUUUUACCCUUAUAGCUUUUCAUUUUACAUACUUACCUACUGUGAUUUUCUUUUUUCCUUCACUGAAAACCAAACUGCUCUGCUACUCUUCAUAGGUUUAAAUUAAAAUUAAAGGAAUUAAAUUAAAGAAUUUAAAUCGAACAAGAAUGUAGUUCUGCCAAAGUUGCACAAAGACUGUUCUGGGGGAAAAUAGCAAAUUUUUGAUUGAACCUCAAUUUCUUUGUAUUUGCUUUGUGACUACUACUGAAUAAAGGCAGGUUAUGGUCAUAUUAAA